ACACUUGUCUUCUGCCCGGGAACUCUGCACCGAAGGGGAGCAAGGAAAACUCGCAGGUGCCUCCUCGGACCCGGCCCCACGCCAGGGCGAGAACACGCCCUCGGUCCCGGCCCGCCGGGCCCGAGGCUGAGGUAAUCACUUGAUUCCGGGGCGGGGGCAGCACAGCCCGCCGCGUACGUGCCCCCGCUGACCCGCCCGCCGGCCAGUGCACCCGGCUCCCGCCGCCCCGCGCCAGCCUCCCACUCCGCAGCGGCGCCUCGGCUCCCGACCGCGCCGGUCCGCCCGGCGACCCCUAGGCCAGCCACCCGCCCAUGCUCGCCGCCACCAGGACGGCCCGCCAGUUCUUCCAGAGCCUCUUCUCCGUCCGGAGAAUGGGUAACUCCGCCUCCAACAUCGUCAGCCCCCAGGCGGCCCUGCCGGGCCGGAAGGAGGCGAUCGCCGUAGCGGCCAAACAUCAUGUCAAUGGCAACAGAACAGUUGAACCUUUCCCAGAGGGAACACAGAUGGCUCUAUUUGGAAUGGGCUGUUUCUGGGGAGCUGAAAGGAAAUUCUGGACCCUGAAAGGAGUAUAUUCGACUCAAGUUGGUUAUGCAGGAGGCUACACUCCCAAUCCUACUUAUGAAGAAGUCUGCUCAGCAACCAAUGGGCUUUACAAACAUUAUCCUCUCACCAACCUCGGAAGAAGAACUGGCCACGCAGAAGUAGUCCGAGUGGUAUACCAGCCAGAACGCAUCAGCUUUGAGGAGCUGCUCAAGGUCUUCUGGGAGAAUCAUGACCCGACCCAAGGCUUGCGCCAAGGCAACGACCACGGCUCUCAGUACCGCUCUGCCAUCUACCCGACCUCUGCUGAGCACUUGGAGGCAUCCCUGAGGUCCAAAGAGGACUACCAGAAGGUUCUGUCAGAGCACGGCUUUGGCCUGAUCACCACCGACAUCCGGGAGGGACAGACUUUCUACUACGCGGAGGAUUACCACCAGCAGUACCUGAGCAAGAUCCCCAACGGGUACUGCGGCCUCGGGGGCACCGGUGUGUCCUGCCCGCUGGGUAUUAAAAAGUAAUUUCUCCCCACAUGGUCAGCCCUUGAGGUCACAGCAAAAAUGCUUCCAGCAAAUCAGGCAAUUCUUUUGUGGUUCAUUCACAUCAGGUGCUUUUUGAAGCGCACAAAGGCAUUCAUAAAAAUCUGGUUUAUUGAGGUGUAAUUUACAUGAAGUGCAGUGGCAAGCCGAUAACAUGUAAUUUAUCUUCUAAUAAGUUAUGGUGGGAGGAGAGCUGUGAAAUUUUUUGGAUCAUUUGGUGUCUGAAUGAGAAUAAUGAAUAAUCAGUGUUCACCCUUCUUGUGCCUGGGUGCCUGCCACGGAUGCUCGGGAACCAAGCUGGGAGAUUGUCGGAGGGGGUGGGGCAUCCUUUACCUGUGCCCUGUCCCACCUCACAAGCCCUCCUGCCCUCCAGUGCCUUAAAAUUUGCAAACAUUUACAGCCACAAUGAAUCGUUCACUGAAAUACUUUGCUCAACUGAUCUAUACGUGUGUAACGGGCUUUCUCUCUCUUUUCGGCCCUCCUUGCGGCAGAGAAAAGAUGUGAGUUAGCUUGAUGAAUUUUAACGCUUUGCUCACAGCUAUGAGAAAUGCUUUGUGCUAAUAAAAGUCUAC